GUCGUUUAAGGCCAUCUCUCGCUUCAUUGCCAGUCGCGGCAAAACAGUAAACAAAAGCAUCUUUCCCCUCCGCAACGCUGCUAGCUGCACAGCCACAGAAACGACAAAGGAGAUGGUGACGCUGAUCGUGGCGACGACGACCGACCCGGCCUCCAUCAACCCGGCCAAUGCCGUCCUAGCCAUGCCCGGGUGGGACCCCUCCCCUUCCUGUUUACAGGACAUGAAGGGGUUUGCUAAUGGAGGAGGAGGAGUGAGGGUUUUGCUACACAGCAGGGGAAUUGUGGAAGAAGACGACUUGGACAGGCGGUGGGAGGAGGCCACCGGGGAGCGAGUCGACGAGGUGAUAUUCCUGAGCAAACACACCGCCGUCUCCAACCGGCCGGCACUGACCGUACACCCGAUCGGAAUUCCUCAUCUGCGUGAAGGCGAGGCUGGGCCGCAAGGCGGGAAGCCGGGUUGGGCUGCGCCGCCGAGCCCCCGCAUUGGACCCUGGCUCAGGCACCUGAAGAAGCUUGCCCAAGCCCACAACUUGGUUCCUGAGUUCGAGAUUACAUUGGAGGGUACGCAUCAUGGACCGGUAACGCAUACGCCCACUAUGUUCUUAGAGAUUGGCAGUACAGAUGAGUACUGGAAGAGGCAGGAUGCAGCACAAGUUAUUGCUCUAUUGGUUUGGGAAGGACUUGGGCUUGGAGGAGGAGCUGCUGUUGGAAACUGGAACGGGGAGAAGGAUAAGAAUAAAGUUCUUCUUGGAUUAGGUGGUGGACAUUAUGCUCCUCGGCAUAUGGAUAUAGUCCUGAAAGACGGGGUGUGGGUAGGCCAUCUACUUUCGGGUUAUUCCUUGCCGAUGGAAGAUCCAAAUCAGUCCAAAGCAGGAACAAAUGCAAAAGAUACGAAAGACAUUGGUGGAACCUGGAAACACUCAAUCAAAGCAGCAUUUGAGGCUACCCAGUCGGCUUUCCCUGGUGGGGAAGUUAUAGCUCAUCUUGAUCAAAAGAGUUUCAAAAGUUGGCAAAAGAACGCUAUAACGGCUUUCUUAGGCGAGCAGAACAUCAAAAUUGGCAAACCCAACGAUUUCUACUAGAUUCGAUGAAUUGCUUUGCAUAUGUAGUUUGAUUUUUAACGAUUUCUACUAAAACUUGGAUGAAACGGCAAGCAAAUAUGAAUUAUAAAUGAAAUACAUAUUUUUCCAAA